AUGGCUUCUUUAGCCAAGCUUCCAGUCGAAACUAUCGACAGAAUUUGCCAGUUUCUUGUUCUUCUGAGCACUAGAUCCCUUCGAAACUUGUGCCUUGCCAACAAGCACUUGAACCAGAUAGGUUCUCCUUGGUUGAUCCACCGAUGGGACAACAGCCAAGAAUGUGCAGAGCCGACAACCGAACGAUUUGUGCUGCAUCUAUUCAGACAUCCUGAGCUUCGAAAAAAGGUCAAACGUCUCAGUAUCGGCUAUGCGUUAGAACUUGACCAGUCUAAUCCAUCAGUUGUCGACUUGGACAGCGAGACACUCUUAGCUCUGUCUCAGGCAGCUGCAUCAGACGUCGAAAUGGAAUCUGAGUACCGCAAUCAAUUAUGCUCUGAUAUUGAGCGGGGGUCUGUAGACGCCCUCAAUGUUUUACUUCUGGCUUGGUGCACUGGAGUAAAUCAUUUGAGUAUCACAGUCCCUCCAUUUUCCAUAUUUGACGAUGAACGUUGCCAUGUCUUGACAUUUGCAAAACAGGCCAUUGUUCGACUAUUGCACGAAACACCUGUCAAAGACUUACCAUUCGCCGAAGUACGGCACUUGGAGGUACAUCAUUGCUAUAAACACAACCAUCUUUUCUUUGGAGCUGUGACCAGCUUCUUUCGCCUGCCAAAGAUUCAGUCGUUCGUGAUAUCCGGUAUUUACGACCGGGCUACACACCUAGAAGUGUGGUCUCAUGGGACAUUUGAUCCGCAUCACGGUCAAUAUGCUCGACGCUACGCAAUGGCCAUACCGCACGCUUCCUCAAAAAUAGAAGAACUUGUCUUAAGAAAUGUCGACUUCAUUGCGGACGGACUAUCAACACUACUCCACGGUGUCGGCAACUUAAAGAAGUUGACACUACGGCCUACUUUCGAUCCUGAACAGGAGUCAACAGAUCGCGAAGAAAUUGCGGAAGCUCUCAGUGGUAUGUGUCAAGAUUCAGUGGAGGAGAUUGACCUACGAACUGAUCGUCGAGGAUAUCUGCUGAAUCCCGAAUCGCUCAAAUUGGACUACGAUUUUCUCGCUGAGGCGAUAUUGAUAAGACAAGACAUAUACAAAGACUUUGUCAAUCUUCGGCGGCUCAGCUGUCCCAUGGCCGACCUCUUGACGGUUGAUUCCGAUAACGACGAACACAAAACCAGUCUUGUUCCUGGCAAGCUACCUGAAUCUAUCGAGUAUUUGAAGCCGCGAUGCUAUGACAUGGUAAACACUUGGAUCAGCAAGGAUUCGUCUUUACAGCCUUACAUUGAGGUUUUCGUUAGAAUAUUGGAAGACGCUGGUCCUGGCCAGCGACUUUGCAACUUGAAGGUCCUGGAUCUCUCUUAUGCAUUCGCGAAUGAUCCAGACACCGACGGUAUCGUUACGAUGAAGGUGCUGGCAGAUGAUCGGGGUAUUACGCUAUUGUUAAAGUAA